UCUUUUGGCGCAUGACACAUAAUCAGCUGAUUCGGGAUUAUUACUACUUUCGAAACCCAUUAACUUUCUAAAUGUAAACUCUACAUAACAAAAUUAAUGCCCAAAAUAUGUACAGGGAAAUAUUAGUAGGUGCUUGAUAUCUGUGAGGAAAAAUUAAGUUCACUUAUUGAUUACAAUACCGAUUCUCAAAAUAGUGGUGCACAUACUCCUAUCGAUUUUCAAGGUCCAUGGAAGUGUACGUGCCGAACUCAGAUAUAUAAAACGACUGUGAAAGAGAACAGAUGAAAAAUGAAAUACCUUGUAGAUCAUAUGAGAAACGAUCUAAACUAUUUGACUUGAAUACUAGUUCUAGUACUCUUUAACCGCUAUGAUUCUUUCGAAGGACGAAGCUGUGGACAUGAAGUGUGAAGCUUAUAUGGAAAAGCGAGAUUUGCUACUGCAGCAAAAAGCUCCAAACUCUGGAGCAAAUGGGUUUAUCCAAAGGAAAGACCACUCUUUCAAGGACGACCUCGAGGUCACACCACAAGCACAAGAUGGGGGUUACGCCUGGAUGAUUCUGGCUUGCAGUUUCUACAGCAUGUUUUGUAUAGAAGGACUUAACGGUUCUUUUGGCUUGUUUCUACCUAUUUUAAUGGAGGAAUUCAAAUCGACCGCCGCAGUGACGUCAAUGCUGAACUCCACCUUGAUUGGCAUAUUUUUGAUAAUAAGUUUCUUUACAAGCUUCUUGAUUGAGAGAUAUGGAAUACGAGUUGUGAUGUUCUGUGGAGCUUGUAUUUACACUCUUGGACUCCUUUUGACCUUCUUCGCUCCAAACAUUUUGAUUUUAUUCCUUACUUACGGACUUCUUUGUGGCUUGGGUGUUGGGAUGGUCUUCUUGCCAUCCAUAGUGAUUGUUAACGAGUAUUUUGAUCGAAAACGUUCCCUUGCCAAUGGAAUAUUGACCUCCGGUUCGGGCCUCGGUCUACUAGUAAUGUCUCCAGUAAUCGAAAAGUCAAUAGAAGCCUUUGGAUGGCGAGGAUCUUUUCUGAUUUAUGCCUGUUUUACUCUACAGCUCUGCGUUUGUGCAUCUCUGAUGAGACCUUUACGGAAAAUAAUAAAUCGAAAGGAAAACGAACCGACAACACCCUUUCCAAAGUCAGUAGCAAAUGGAAUAGAGAAAGACGAUAAUAGAUACGCGUCCAUGCCGUUUUUAAACAGAAGUGAUAAUCUGAUGUUUGGCAGUUCUGGUACUUUGAGUCUUCCAAUUCUUUUUGGAAGUAAUCGGUCGAUCAAUACAGGACCCUAUAUAGAGUCUCUAGUAGAGGUCACAGAACCUGAAGAAAAAGUACAGCAAUGUUCUGGGACCUGCACACUGCCAGCUUUCUGUUCAAGUAGGUCCUUCGUAUUUAUAACCAUUGGUUGCCUACUGACACAGAUGGGACAAGCUAUUCCAUUGGUGUUCAUCGGCGAUUACGGCAAUCACGUUGGUGUGACGUCCGCUGAUAUUAGCCUCGUUUUGUCCACUUUUGGUGUGGCAAAUACAAUUGGUCGUUUGUCCGCUGGACUUAUUGCUAACACUCGAUGUCUUGGUCACCUAAACAUCUGUAACAUCGGACUGAUGAUCAGUGCUGGUGCUUGCUUUCUGUUCUUCCUCUGUACAACUCUGGGUGCCUUGAUAGGCUUUGCCAUUGCAUAUGGAUUCUUCCUAGGAUUUUUUCCACCGAUGCAACCUUUAAUGAUCAUGGACUACCUCGGUUUGGAGCAAAUGACGGCGGGGUUUGGUUUUGUUACCAUGCUGAAAGGCCCAGCGGCCUUCAUAGGUUCUCCUAUGGCAGGAGCUCUUCUGGAAAUGACGGGAAAUUACGAAACCGUGAACGGACUAGCGGGAAUUUUAUUUACUUUAGCAGUCUUCUCACAAAUGUUAGCCCUCUGCUGGGAUCCACACGAGAAGAAACAGGAAUCGGAUAUAGAAUUGGAAAAAUGAUAA